AUGAACAUGGUCGUGGAGGGCUCUAUUGUGGAUGUGGGGGUUGUCGUACUUGUAGUGGUACUUGUUGUACCCGUAGUUGAUGUGGUUGCGGUACUUGCAGUAGUCGUCGUAGUUGUCGUAGUGGUAGAAAUAGGAACAGUUACAGUACUACUAACAACAGUAGUUGUAGUAAUAGUAAUUGUAGCUGUAGGCAACGCUGUUGUUGAACUUGUGGAAGUGACAGUAGUCGUGGGGGCAGUUGGAAACAACGUAAAGAGAGUCGUUGUACUUGACGCUGCACUUGUGGAAGUUGUUGGGAAAGUUGGAAAGAGAGUGAAAGAAGUUCUUGUACUAGGAUUAGAUGUGGUAGAAGUUGUUGUCGGAAGUGUGGGGAUAAGAGGGAACGGAGUAAUUGCAACAGAUGCAGUUGUGGUUGUUGUAGUGGACAUCGUGGUUGGCGGUGCUGGAAACAGUGAAGCAAUCGUUGUUGUACUCGCGGAUGUAGAAGUAGUUGUUGUCGGCGGAGUAGGAAGAAGAGUGAAAAGUGUGCUUGUGGAGGUUGUAGUUGAAGUUGUUGGAAUUGUGGGGAAUUGAGGGAAAGCAGUGGUAAUUAUAGGUGAUGUUGUACCCGUGGAUGAAGCAGCUGGUGCCGUCGGGAACAAAGUAAACAAUGCAGUCGUACUAGAGCUUGUUGUUGUGGUUGUCGGAAAGGUAGGAAAAAGAGUGAACACAAUAGUUGUACUGGGAGUUGUGGUAGUCGUAUUAAGGGUUGGAAUCAAGUUGAAAGGCAACGUACCCGUUGUUGUAGUCGCGGGAGUGGUUACGGUUGGCAUUGGCGGAAAGAGAGUCGGCAAUGUUGCAACCGCAAAGAGAUUUAGGAAGGAUGUGGUGGUUGUAGGCGAGGAAGUGGUCGUAAUGGGAGUAGUUGUGGUGGUACUGGCAGUCGUCGUAGUAGUAGUUGUUGUUGAUGUUGUUGUAGUAGUACCGGUUGUGGUAGGCAUUGUCGUCGUAGUAGCACUCACUCCAAUCGUAGUAACAGUUUGUGGAAACAAAGUAAUUGGCGGAAUUGUUGGGAAUAAUGUGAAUGGAACCGGCGUCGAAGUGAUUAUUAAAGGUGCAGUUGCGAUUGUUGUCGUUAAUGUGGAAGUGGUCGGUACGGUCGGGAAAAGGGUAAACAUGGUAGUUGUGCUAGGACUUGCGGUUGUCGAAGUCCAGUAGGAGGGUGUGAAAAGCGAGAAUGUAGUUGUUGUACUUGGAGUUGAUGUAGUGGGUGGAAUCGUUUGGAGCAAAUUAAAAGGCAGUCCACCUGUCGAGGCCGUCCCGGCAGUAGUCGUAGUUGAAGGGACGGUUACAGUCGGUAAUGGAGGAAAGAGAGUCGACAACGUUGCAAUCGAAAAGAGAUUGGGGAUUUGUGUUGUUGUCGUAGUGGAAGUAGUACUCGGCGCUGUUGGGAACAUAGUAAAGGGACUGGUUGUACUUGAAGUUGCUGUUGUUGUGCUUGUGGGAAUAGUGGGGAAAAGGGUGAGUGUGGUUGUACUCGGACUAAGAGUAGUCGUUAUUGGAAUUGUUGGAAAUAGAGGGGAAAGAGUAGUUGUACCCUGGGUUCCUGUACUUGUUGUUGUAAGGGUUGACGUUACUGGAAUUGUUGGAAAUGUAAGGGGAAGAAUAGUCAUAGGUGAGGUUGUCGUCGUAUAAGUGAAAGCGGUACUAGUUGGUGCCGGCGGAAACAGAGAAAAAAUAGUGGUUGAACUGGGAAUUCCCGUAGUUGUAGUCGAUCCCGUAAUUGCAGUUGGGAAUGAAGUGAACAUGCUUGUUGUAAUUGGACUUAUUGAAGUGGUUGUCGUUGGAAUGGUUGGAAAUAGAGUAAAGACAGUGGUACUCACAGUCGUUGUCGUCGGCGUUGUAGGAACCGUUGGGAACAGGGUAAAAACAGGACUUGUACUAGUACUAGAUGCAGUCGUCGUUAUGGUAGAAGGAAAAGGAGUAGUGGGAAGAAGAGUUGGGAAUAACGUAAACGGAACUCCUGUUGUAAUAUUAGAUGGAAAUACAGUAGUAGCAGAGCCAUUCAAUCCAAAUAAUGCAGGAAUACUAGGUAUUGUCGGUAAGGUAAAGCCAGGAACAGUAGUUGUUAUUACCGUGGUUGAUGUCACAGGUGUUGUUGUAGAUGUCACAUUCCCUGAUGUCAUCGUUACGGUAACUGCAUUAUUUUGA